CAGACUGCAGAGAGGGGAGAGAGAGUGAACAACACAACAGAACAAACAGCUGUUUGUGAAUCAUUGAAAACAUUAAAACAGAGAUUUAAAAAACUAAAUUAAAAAUGGAAAUGUUUAAUAAACUGAAAUCUACCCUCUCUACUUCAGUAACAAAUACAAUACAAAAUACAGUUUAUAAUACUGGAAACAUCAUUUCAGGGGUUAUUCCAGGAAACCCUGUUACUCGAGAAUAUGAAAUAACAUCUCAUGUCGGUAGUGCUGGACCAGGAUUACUAUGGAAAGUGUACAGCGCUAUUAAAAAAUCCACGAGACAACCUGCCUCAGUAUUCGUUCUUGAAAGGGCGCAGCUAGACAAAUUCGACAGACAAGACCGGGAGGUGAUUUGGGAUUUGUGUAAGAAGGGGGUAUCACAACUAACUAGACUUAGAUACGAAACAUCUACUCCGACUGAAGAUGUUAAAUCAGAUGUUCUUCCCAUGCUCUACCGAGCUCUAGAAUGUGAUGUAAGCCAGAUCCAGGAGUUGUGUUUAUCUAUUCUCCCGGAGUUUGCCGGUAAGAUUUCUAGCAAUUCAUUUCUAGUUUCGGAAGGUUUAACGUUUCUCCAUGGUAGUGGUAGAAUGCUCCAUAGAAACCUGAGCCCUGAGGCUAUUCUGAUAAACACCCAGGGAGCAUGGAAAAUAUCAGGAUUCGAAUACUGUCUCAGUAGUGUUCCCGGUGGGCAAGGUGUCCCGAGCUGGGAUGCACCAGAAUUCGACCACGCCCUACCUGACUUGGCGUAUCCCCACUUGGACUACUCCGCCCCAGAAUUCGCCUUGCUAGGCACUGUCAGUCCUGCGGCGGAUAUGUUUUCAUUUGGUAUGCUAGCAUUUUGCGUUCAUACAAGACGUUCCCUUUACCACUGUGAACGGAACUGGGGCGCAUAUAAAAGGAACGUUACUGAUCUGAAAAGUGUUCCUGCAGACAGGUUAACCAGCGUUCCAAGUGAUUUGGUGGAAUAUAUUAAGUUGUUGUUGAGUAAAACGCCAGAAUUGCGACCAACACCGGAGGAAAUCCAACAACUAGAAUACUUCCAGGACGUUGGUGUGAAAACUCUUCAGCUUUUGGAUUCCCAGUUUCAGUGGGAUAAUCUACAGAAAUCACAGUUUUAUAAGGGUCUACCAGGAGUACUCCCCCAGCUCCCCCACCGUGUUGCUCUACAUCGAGUCUACCCCUGUCUAGCCAAGGAGUUUGUAAACAAUUCUAUGGUUCCCUUUGUACUUCCUACAGCUAUUCAGGUAACGGAGUCAUGCCUGCUGGACCGUCAAGCGUUAAAAACAGCUUUUCUACCGAGAAUUAAAAAAGUUUGUAUAUCUACCCGGCUACUCAGUGUUCGGGUCAACUCAUUGAUCUGUCUGGGUAAACUUCUUGAGUACCUGGACAAGUGGCAGGUCAUUGAUGAAGUAAUUCCUAUGUUUUCACAAAUUCCUUCCAGGGAGCCUGCUGUUAUAAUGGGUAUGAUUGGAAUUUACAAGAUCUCGCUAAACAGCUCAAAACUGGGGUUCAGCAAGGAGGUUCUGGCAAGCAAGGUUUUACCCUUUUUAAUUCCGUUGAGUGUAGAAAACGGUCUAACUGUAAAACAAUAUGAUUCUAUCUGCGAACUCAUUAAAGAUAUUUACAACAGGGUUGAAAGUGAGCAUAGAAAUAAAUUACAGCAGCUCAAUUCUCUUGAAGAAGAUCACAAAAAAUCAUUCCAGGUUGGAUUGCCGGCCGGUCAACUAGUCUCAGCUCCGACUCUCUCUCAGACUUCAGAAAUGGAUUCUAUGUUCUCCGGGCUCGGGCUUGGGUCCUACCUAUCCAAGGUCACACCAGGAGAAAGCUGUAGUCUAGAUGAUACCCUGAAUAAAAAUAGAUCCAGUGUUAGCCCUAUACCUAAAGUACUUGGAGUACAAACAAAUCAAUCCCAGGCCUUAUCCCUCCAAGAGAAGCAAAGAAUGCUUCAAGAACAAGAAUCUUUGCAGAGGAAUCAUGGAAAACAUACUUCAACUCCUUUUCCUACUCCUAAUCCUACUCUUAGUUCAAUGGUACCUAGAUCAACUCACAACCAAACUAACCACAUCAACCAGCUUUCAGAUUCGUUGGUUAAAAAAUCUCUCAGUAUGAACUCAUUUCCGACAACAACAAACAACUUUCCGACAUCAACAAACUUUCCGAUAUCAACAAACAAUUUUCCGACAUCAACAAACAAUUUUCCUACUUCAACAAACAAUUUCCCAGCGGCAACAAACAAUUUUUCCAUAAACAAUAUUUUUCAGCCAAAUACUGGAGUUUCUCAAGGUUUAGGUAGCAGUAUUGCAUGGGGUCAGUCUAAUCAACAAACAACAAACUUAUCCUCCACUAUGGGGAACAGUAUAAGCAACAACUCCAUGUUCCUUGGCUCCAACAACAACUUCAUGGGAUUCCAGUCUAAUCCCGCUCAAUCA